GAGAUGACUAUCAAUAAGAACAAUGAUGAUAUGACGUAAGCAUUAUAAUCAAUAAUCACCACAUAAUAAUAAAGCAUUUAAUUGGCAAAGAUAAUUUAUUUAUGUCAAGUGUCUCAUUUCCCUCAGUAAUCUUCAGAUUAGCAUCAUGAAGUUAGUUUUUACGUUACUUAUUGUGGCUUUAGUGCAUAUAUCUUCUUCUAAAGCAGAAGAUGUAGGAGAACCACUCAUUCUCACUCCAUACAUAGAAAACAAUCAAAUUGCAGAGGGAGUUGCUGCCGCCAAAGUGACCGUGGAACAAUUCGCUAGUAUUCCAAGUUAUUCUGGAUUUUUUACUGUGGAUAAACGUUAUGAUUCCAACUUGUUUUUCUGGUUUAUACCUUCUCAGAAUAAUUAUGAAGAGGAUCCUGUUCUUCUAUGGUUACAAGGUGGUCCUGGUGCCUCAAGCCUGUUCGGUCUCUUCGUUGAAAACGGACCAUACGUAGUUACGAACGGAGAAAAUGUGAGCUUCAGAGAACAUUCCUGGACCAAAAACCAUUCUGUGUUGUACAUCGAUAGUCCAGCUGGAACAGGUUUUAGUUUUACUAAUGGAGGCUACGCCCAAAACCAGACUAAGGUUGGCGAGGACUUAUAUGAAGCCCUUUUGCAGUUUUUCCAACUUUUUCCAGAGUUGCAAAAGAACGAAUUCUUUGUUACUGGAGAAUCUUAUGGUGGGAAGUACGUGCCUGCUAUAGGGUAUACGAUUAUGAAGAAAAAUCCUUUGGCUGACCUUAAGAUUAACCUUAAAGGGUUACUUAUUGGUAAUGGCCUAGUGGAUCCGGAACACCAAAUAGCUGAAUACGGAGACUACUUGUAUAAUUUAGGUUUCAUAGAUGAAGGUGCUAAAGAGGAAUUCAUUGAGCUUCAGAACAAGGGGGCGACUUAUAUGAAGGAAGGAGAUUUUGAAAAUGCCUUUCAGGCCUUUGAUGAGAUAAUCAAUGGAGACUAUAAUAGCGAAACUCUUUUCAAAAAGUAUACUGGAUUUUCCACUUAUUUUAACUAUUUGUUUAAUAGUGAGAGUGACGAGUCUUAUGCUACCUUCCUGGAGACUCCAGCUGUAAGAAAAGGUAUCCACGUAGGAAAUCUAACCCAAGACAGCGACCAAGUAAAAGACAACUUAAGACUAGACGUAGUAAAGUCCAUAGCACCGUGGGUCGUAGAACUAUUAAACCAGUACAGAGUGCUGUUCUACAACGGUCAAUUGGACAUCAUCGUAGCAUAUCCAACUACGGUAAACUUCAUUAAGAACCUAAAUUUCAGUGCUGCCGAGGAGUACAAAACGGCCCCAAGGAUCAAAUGGAGGAUCGACGGAAACAUUAUCGCAGGAUACUCCAAAACUGCUGGAAAUUUAACGGAAGUUUUGGUGAGAAAUGCUGGACAUAUGGUACCAACCGACCAGCCAGAAUGGGCCUACGAUUUGGUUUAUAAGUUUGUCAGAAAUAUUGCGCUUUCUUAGAAUAAAGUUUCGUUUAAAAAA